UGUGUUUACCUCCAGUGCUCCAGUGUCUUCGGUGCAGCAGUGUAGUGGGUAAAGUAGUUUGUUAGCGCUAAUUGUCACUUUAGAUUGUUCUUAAACUUCUUUUCAAUUUCAAGUUCUCAUCUUCAUAGCUGAAUAAUGGUGAACAUAGCUGUUUCUACUGGAUCUUCCAAUAUGGAUGAAGACAUGAAUCUACGACCAGGCUCUCCAACACGCCUGAACAGACCUCUUGAUUUGUCAGCUUUACUUAAAGAUGGCCGGACGCAGCUAUGUCUCGACAUUGAUCCAAUGAGCCAAGAGAGCGAUUUUAACGCAAAAUUUGACCCUGAAGCUGUCUUUAAGCAGAAACUUAUUAAUCAUGUAAAUUUUGAUGUUUUAACUGGAGGUAGUGAUGACAAAGAAGAUGAAAACCUCUCUCCAUUUGAAAAGAUCAGGAAACGGAUGACAGCAGUCACAAAAGAUGGGGGAGUUAUGAAAAGGAUCAUCAAAGAAGGCUCUGGGGAGGUGGUCCCUCCAAAUUCACACAUCAAAAUUCAUUACCAAGCAUAUACAGAAUACCAAGAAGUACCGUUCGAUGUCUCCAUCCUGAGAUCAAAGAAACCAUUGUCUUUUAAGUUAGGUGGUCCUUUACUCCGUGGCUUGGACAUUGGUGUUGGGACGAUGAAAACGGGAGAGGUCUCCUGGUUUCUUGUUCAUCAUGACUACGCUUAUGGCAAGCUUGGCUGUGGGAACCGCAUUCCUAAAGAAGCCACAAUUCUCUUUGAAGUAACCCUAGUUAGUUAUUCAGAGAAUCCAGAUGUUCUGACAAGCGAACCGGAUCAGAAAUUGACUUUUCCGGAUGUAGUUGAACGGGUAGAGGCUCAUCUGAAGAAAGGAAAUGAGCGUAAAACCCAGGACAACGAUACGGAGUUGGCCAUAAAACAUUACAAAGAGGCCAGAAACCUGAUUCUGGAUUUCAACCUAAAUAAUGAUCAUGAAAGCACACUGGCGAAGCAACUCAACCGUGCCUAUCAAAACCUUGCUAUCUGCUAUAACUUGAACAGAGAUUUCAAAACAACCUGCAAAUUAGCAGAGGACGCCAUGCACGUCAUCCCACAAUUGGCAGAAAAGAAUAUCAAGCUGAAGUUCGCGUGGGGAAAAGCACUUAAUGCAUUGAAUGAGUAUGAUGCAGCUGCGAAGCUGCUAAAGGAAGUGAAGCAGAAGGAGCCAGCGAAUAAAGAGAUCACCAAAGAGCUGCUCUCUCUUGAAGAGAAAAUAAAAAAGUACACCAAUGCAACUAAAGUUGCUGCCCAGAAGUUCUUCAAGUCAGAGAAACCGAAGGAGGAAAAGGGGUUGUCACUGACUGAUUCUUUCGUGGAGAGUAUGACAGAGCAACUUGAAAAGUUCAAGCUGUCUGACACAGUGGGGAAUCUCAAUCUAAGCCCAGGGAUGACAGUGGAUGAACGGGAGGCUGUCAAAAGUAUUGCAGAUAAACUAAAACUUCAUUAUGUGCAGCUUAACAUAGGAGGUCAAGGAGAAAAAAUCAUGAUCCGGAAAAAUUGAGGUUACCCACAGUAAUCGGAUACUGCCAUGCUGGAGUGAUUUUACCAAGCAACAAGCAGAAAUAAUUUCAUUAUUCAAUUUUCAGGUUUAGGUUUUUAAGUUCCUUUGUGUGUAUUUUUUUACAAAGCCUCUUAGCUGUACAUCCAAGGUGACUCAAGGUUGGUUAAGCGUUUCCAAGAGUUGAACUUUCAGGUCAAACUGAGACCUAGUGUUAAAAUGUUUUCUUCAGACCAUUUCCGCGUAGAGUUACCGUUUAAUUAAUGUUUUAACAUUGUUGCAUUGUUCAUGGAUCAAAUUAGAUACAUAAUGAUAUUGAGGGGCAGUUUUAAUAGAGUUUGACUAGUUUACAGAGUUCUUCAGAAUGUCUGGAAUGAAGUUUGUAAAGAUUUUUUUCCUUCAAACAAUUAAAAGGGUUCUAAGUAAUUGCAUGGUAAGUAAAUCUCAGAGAAUGUCACUGUGUCAUGAUUAUUAAUACCAGAGGCGUCCAAGGACUCUGUAAUGAUUCAUAAAGCCAGUUUUUUGUCGAUUUCUGAUACAUUAAGUUUGUGCCAUUUAGCUUUAUUACUCCUCCAAAUUAAAAGUGCCUUAAUUUAACCUUAAUUUUUAGCAGAACCUCAUUUCAUGCUUUUGAUUCUCCAUAAACCACCUUAAUUUGUAUUUGCUUAUUAUGUUUUUUAUUCUAAAAAUGAUUUCAUGUUCAUUAUCAGCAUCUUGCACAGAUUCGUAAGAAUUAAGGAAAAAAAGAUAGUUCAACCUGGCAGAGAUGCAGAGACUGCAAAGAUGUCUCAAAAACCCUCUUUUUAGUAUUCCAUGAUGCAGCCUCAUUAUUUCUGUUUGGAGCCCUAUAUUUUAGGAUUUGUGAUGUAAAAUUAGUAUGAAAUAACUGACUGGAAAAAUCGAUUAUUUUUCUACGAGAAAAUUUGUUCUUUAUGUCAGCAUCAAUAAUAUUAUUCUGAGUGUUUCUCGUGUUUCAUAUUUUAUUCAAGUUUUGUAUAAAAUAACUGACUGACUGAAAUAAGCUCCUAUUUUUCUAGGAGCAAAUUUAUUUUUUAUGUUAGCAUUAAUAAUAUCAUUAUGAGUGUUUUCAUGUUUUAUAUUUUCUUUGAGUCUUAUUUUUCCAUGGGCAAAUUUAUUUUUUAUGUUAGUAUUAAUAUAAUUAUUAUGAGUGUUUUUCAUGUUUUUUAUUUUCGUUGAGUUCAAAUGUUACGGAAAAACAAUGAGUAGCGCUUUCCAUGAAAGCGUAGGACUGUUUCUAGGAUAAAAUUUAGGUAUAUGUUACAUUUUCUCUUAAAAAUUUCACCCAGAAAAUGAAACCUCCGAUUGUUUGAAAUUCGAAUCUUAAAUUAAACUUUGUAGGGUUGGGAUUAACAUUGAUCAAGUGAAUAAAAGUAAACUAUAGGUCAUCGUUUUCUUAAUGUUUUGCAGGAAUCAGCUGUACCCAUAAUUUUUAAUGUUCUUGUCGGAGGUCUUUUUUGGACCGUUCAUAUUAACAGUUUUCUGUGGCCCAUCAGUAUUUUUUUUCUCCCUAUUUUCUACCAUUUUGUUUGUCUUAAACAAUAAGUAUUGUUCAGGAUCUGCAAUUAUAAUGUAGGUUUUUUCUUUGCGCAGUAGCUACGUAUUGUAAUUAUUAAUAAAAACUGCUUGCAAUUCUUGGGAUUGCCUAAUAUCUUGCUGGAAGAUUAAACAAUUUUGAAGUUUUGAACAUAUUACUUUAAUUCUUAAUGUUUUGCUCUCGUAAUUUGUAACAAUGUUUUUGUAAAACUUGCAUUUCUAAAUAGGUGUAUUAUCAUAAAAGAUCAAGUGCAGACUGAAACCUCAAGCCUUGUAUCUGAACAGUGGACUUUUCAUUGCCCUCCAAGAAUUUAAAAUAAACGUCAUCUGAGUGAAAUUUA